CAUGAUCAACUUCAUCCAUCAAACACCAUCCUAUAAUAACAUGCUACAUUCCUACUUCAUCAAGAUUUCACCAGACUUCAAUUCCCUCCUCAAGAUUCAGACACACAAUUCCAAUUAUGGAGAACAGGAUGCUGCAAGUUAAGGAUGUUAUUCUUUAUCAGCAUCCAUGCAUUGUCAUAUUUGUGUUGGCAUUGAGUUUCAUAGUUAUGGACCCUUUUGAGCUGAGUCCAGUGGGAGGGCAUGACUUUAGGCCUGUGGAGAAUGAGAUUGCACCUUAUCAGCAGGUGAUGGAGAGUUGGCCGUGGGACAAUGGGAGCCGUCUAGGGCUUGGGAAUUUGGUGUUUAAGGACGAGAUUUUCGGACCCGAGUCAUUGGAGUUCGAUGUGUUGGGCCGUGGCCCUUAUGCCGGACUAGCCGAUGGACGGGUCGUCAGGUGGAUGGGGAAGGAUGCGGGGUGGGAGACGUUUGCACUCGUAACGCAUAAUUGGACUGAGAAGCUAUGCGCACAAGGUGUCAACUCAACGACAACGAAGCAAUGGAAAAUCGAGGCCAAAUGCGGACGCCCCCUCGGCCUACGGUUCGACCAGAAGACUGGGAACCUGUACAUCGCAGACGCGUAUUAUGGGCUGAUGGUGGUCGGGCCAGAAGGAGGCGUCGCAACUCCUUUGGCGACGCAUGUUGAUGGAAACCCUAUUCUCUUUGCGAACGACCUGGACAUUCACGACAACGGAUCCAUCUUCUUCACAGACACCAGCAGGAGAUACAACAGAGUGGAUCAUUUCUUCAUUCUCUUGGAAGGGGAAGCGACGGGGCGACUACUUAGAUAUGAUCCUCACACGAGAACAACACAUGUUGUUAUGGAAGGGCUGGCGUUCCCCAAUGGAGUGCAGUUGUCUAAGGACCAAUCUUUUCUUCUCUUCACCGAAACUACGAAUUGCAGGAUCAUGAAACACUUCUUGGAGGGCCCGAAAACGGGGAAGACAGAGGUGGUAGCAAACCUGCCGGGGUUUCCAGACAACGUGAGAAUAAACGAGAAAGGCGAAUUCUGGGUGGCAAUAGACUGUUGCAGGACAGCAGCACAGGAGGUGUUGAUCCACAACCCGUGGCUGAGGAGCGUCUACUUCCGGCUGCCGAUCCCCAUGAGGCAUCUGGCGAGGAUGGUGGGGAUGAGAAUGUACACUGUGAUAGCACUGUUGAACGGUGAGGGGGAGAUAUUGGACGUUCUUGAUGACAAGAGAGGUGAUGUGAUGAAGCUGGUGAGUGAAGUGAAGGAGGUAAAUGGGAAGCUGUGGAUUGGGACUGUGGCUCAUAACCACAUCGCCACUCUUCCUUACCCUCAACAUACUCAUUCAUAUGUUUGAAAAUCUUUUGAUCACUACCUACUUUUUUGUGUUUUAAGUUAUGAUCUUUGCUCAAGUAGAUCAACUUUAUGAGUUUAGCAUGUAAUUUGAAGGGGGAAAUUAAGACUACUAAUUAUGUUGGGUGUAACAGUUAAUGUGGAUCGUUUGUUUUAUGUUGUUGUAUUGAUUAUGUCGAA